AUGUGAUCAUGCAAAAAGGGGAAGACAUUAUCGAUUUCUUUCUCCGUCGUGAAGCGUAUAUUCGUUCCACUUGCCCGUCUAACGCAGUACACAUGCUCCUUUUGAAAGUGCCAAUGAACCAUCCAUUUGAGACGGCUUGUGGUCAGCGGUGGACCACUUAUGUAAUAACAAGCGACUCCAUGUGAGUUUUCCCUAUGAUUAAAGGACUACCUAGAAACAGGAAUAACUUUCAUUUCAGCCUCUAUGGCUGACUGCUUAUCUCGAUGUCUUCAAGGAGCAAGUGUUAUCGUUUUCUACCUCAUCUUGUUGUCUGGGACGCUUUUCUUCUGUGGCCCAUUAUUCUUUUACGUACUUUAUCGAUGCUUCCACUUUAGUUGGCCACUCGGCUUCGCGUACUUAGCCUGGUGGUUUUUAGUUGAUCUGAAGACCCCUAACCGUGGAGGAAGAAGAGCAGAAUUUGUGAGAAAUAACGUUUUCUUUAGGUACAUGCGAGAUUAUUUCCCAGUCACGUUGCUUAAGACCUCAGAUUUAGACUCUUCCAAGAACUACAUAUUUGGUUACCAUCCUCACGGUAUGUUUCCUGAUGGCCUAGCCGUGACCUUUGGAUCAGAAGCUUUGCAGUUCAGUAAAAGUUUUCCAGGAAUUGUUCCUUACAUUGGUGCACACUCCUUUAUGGGUAGCUCCCCAAUUUUUCGUGAAAUUGCCAUGGCUCUUGGUGUCAUAAAUGUCCAUCAUGACAGCUGCAAGUUUGUGUUGACUCAGAGAGGACCUGGACAUUCUGUUGCCAUAGCGAUUGGUGGCACAUGUGACAUACUUAACAUGAACCGUGACUCUUAUGUCAUAACACUGGAAAGGCGUAAGGGUUUUGUGAAGCUCGCCUUAGAGACUGGGGCUCAUUUAGUCCCAGUUUUUGCUUUUGGACAGAACAAUGUGAUCAGUCAUCAGCUUAAGCUGAAUGGCCUCCAGACUACCUAUCAGAUUGGUCGCAGCAAAUGGGAGAAGUGGAUAAAAGUUUUCUUGAAGAGUUGUUCAGUCCUGCCAUAUGCACGUUAUUGUGUAAUGCCAUAUUCUACACCGAUAACUGUCGUUGGUAAGCUGUUCUCCUUUUCAGAAACUGAUAAAGUUGGAUCACCCAUUCCUGUGGAAAAAGUGGAAAAUCCAAGGGAGAAACAAAUAAAUAAAUUGCAUUCUGAGUAUGCACAGAAGCUGAAGGAGUUAUUUUAUGAAUAUAGGGAUGUCUGUGGAGUGCCACAGGAUACCGAGCUCGUGAUUCAAUAGCACCAGAGCUUCAGAACUUUGGCAAAUGCAUUGUCAUUGCCCAACCAGCAGCCUCACUAGUGCACCUUUUUUAGAGAAACUAAAAUCUAAACUUCGUUCUUGUGAAACUUACAUGGUGAGGCAAGAAGCAGCACAAUAUGCACAGAAAGCAUUUCAUUAUUGAAAAGGGAGCAAAUAAUUUGAAUCUUUAAUUCAGGGAUUAUGGAACAUCAAGUGUAGAUCUGAAGACAAGCCCUGAACAGCCUGAUUCCAUCUCUUCACAGUUAUGUACAUCACUUCAAAAUAAACAGAAGGUCUUUGUAUUA